AUGAUCAUCAGUGACAUGCAAUUUUCGAACAUUAAUACUGCAGGGUUACCUCUGCUGAAGGCGAGAUUCCAAUUAUUCUACGGAUGCCUGGUCCUGUUCACCAUCUUCGUCGUGUUCUUCGAGGAACAUGAAGAACAGACCUUCCACAUGAUGGACUACACUUCAGACGCCAGUGGAGGUUUCAGAUCGCCAAAAAUAUGGGAACAAUUACCUCAAGAAAAUGACAACACCAAUAAUGAAACAAAAAAUCCCUUACCUGUUGGUGAACGAAACUUGAGGAAAGACGCUGCUCCUGCUGUUUACUUGGAAGAAAUGCCUAAGGAAUUUUGUUUUCCUGAAGAAGGCUUAGAUCUUCGUGAUCCGAAGUUGAAAAAGAUUCUCAUUUGGAAUUCAGAUCCUGCAAAAUACAACGGUCUAUUCAACUGGACGAUGACCUAUAGGAGGGACUCGGAUAUUGUUUAUACCUACGGCCGUGUGUAUCCAUCUCCCUCGCCGUCGUCGUCAGUUUCAAAGGACAAGAAUUUCGCGGAAGGGAAGACGAAGAUGGCGGCCUGGUUCGUGUCCAACUGCUAUUCCCAUUCCAAGCGAGAGAGAAUUGUGAAGGGCUUGCAGAAAUUUAUCAAGGUGGACAUUUAUGGUAAAUGUGGACCGCUGGAAUGCCCUCGUGCAAACACUCGCCUGUGUUACCAGAUGCUAGAAGAAAAUUACAAGUUUUAUUUUUCGUUUGAGAACUCUCUCUGCAAGGAUUACGUGACAGAAAAGCUGUUCUCUGUUCUUAAAUACAAUGUAGUUCCUGUGGUAUACGGUCUCGCUAACUACGCCCUGAUCGCCCCUCCUGGUUCCUAUAUCGACGCCUUGAGCUUUCCUUCAGUGGAAAGUCUUGCCAAGUACUUGAAAUACCUCGAUGGAAAUGAUACAGCUUAUAAUGAGUACUUCAGGUGGAAGGGCCAGUACACCAUUGACAACGGCUGGUCCAACACGGCUCAAGGAUUUUGCGACCUGUGCAAGAAACUCCACCAGGACAGCAAGCCUAAGGUUUAUCGUGAUAUUAAAGAUUGGUUUAUGUUGAGAGGCGGUUGCAAGACGUUAAAGAGCAGGUCUUGGCUGCCUUGGCUUUAA